CCUCUCUCUCUCUUUCUCUCUCUCUCUCUCUGUCUCUCACCGAGUUGAGCAAUUGCAGAGAACAUAAAGAAAGGAGACAGUCUGCAGUCUGACUGAACCGAAUCGAGCUGUAAACACACACUUUCAUGAGAAAAUGGAUACUUCUCAACUUCUCAUCCUCAUCUUCCUGGUGAUAACUCCAGCUGUAUAUUCCGAGACAACCAAGCCCCAAUGUUGGAUCUCUUCCAUGAAGACAUUUAACCUUUCUGAAGGGGAAGCAUUUUAUUUUAUACAUGUUGAUCUGUAUGAUGCCAAAAUCACUGAUGACGAGAUCACAUGGUACAAAAAUUAUGCCCAGAAUGAUUCUGAGCAGAUUUCCACUGAUGAGAACAAGACGGUACAUUACCACGGCAAAGCACUCUUUUUCUUAAACCUCCGUCCUGAAAACUCUGGCUUUUACAGUGCACGGCGUGAAGGACCAGAUGUCAGAUGUCAGAACUUUCGUGUAAGAAUUAACGUCUUCAAAGAAAAAAACAAAACGGAAUUCCUCUAUGGAGCAAUUGAAAACAGUGACCGGAACAAAAAGGUCCCAUGUCCAGAACCUGUCAGCGACACAUGUAAAAUGCUGAAAGGAAAACUGACUUGGGAGAAGGACUUCAAACUUCUUCAAGGUCACGAUGAAGCAUCCUUGUGGAUUUAUAAUGCUACCAAAGAUGACGAGGGCAUCUACACUUGCACUUGUACCUGGACACACAAUCACAAGGUGUACAACUCAUCAGGCUCCAAGAGGCUAAUACAUAAAGAUCUUACAGUCCACAGACUAGAAAUCAUCUCUCCGAUAGAGAAGGAGUUAUUUGCUGAUGAAGGCUUUGAGAUAAAACUGAACUGCUCAGUUUUCUGUGGAACUAACGUGGAACGUUACUGUAAUACUAGCUGGCAUGUUAAUGGUAAUCCUUUCAACCAGACUGUUGGAUACUCCCAAUCAAAAAAAACGGUCGUCGAGAAGCCUUCAAAGAAUACCAUCUCUACUGCAAUCCUGACCAUCGAGAAAGUGUCUGCUAAAGAUUUCCAGACUGAAUUUAAAUGUGCUGGCAUGGGCUUUUAUAAAACAACGUAUCGAACAUUAACUCUUAAGCGAAGAGAGUCAAUAAUUCCACUUGUCAUUGGAGCAGUAUGUGUGUUGUUGUUCUGUGUGUUUGCCGCCAUUCUGAUCAAGUUCUUCGCUAUCGACCUUGCUCUCUUCUUCAGACCGUACUUCCCACUCAACAGUCAAAAUAAUGAUUCCAGGGUGUAUGAUGCCUACGUGGUCUAUCAAAUGCAGAACAUGGACAAACUCACUGAAAACAUGCUUGGUCAGUUCAUCACAAACAAUUUGCCCGCUGUCCUCGAGAAAAAAUGUGGAUAUCGACUCUUCAUCCAUGGGAGGGAUGACAUACCCGGAGAAGACCAUCUGGAGCUGGUGGAGGACCGCAUGAGGCAGAGCAGGAGGCUGAUGGUCAUCCUUACGCCUGGUUUAGGAUCAGGGUCUGAGAUCACAGACCAACAUCCUGGCUUGCCUCAAAAUUCAGUAAUAGGAGGGUAUGACUGGCAGGUUGGGCUUCACCAUGCGCUGGUCCAGAGGGAAAUUAGUGUUAUUCUGAUACAGCUGGGGGACACUGGACCAGAAGGAUACACACACCUUCCACCUGGCUUGCAGCACCUGAUUCGUAAGAGUGCCCCAAUAAGGUGGCCAGAGGGUUCACACCGUGCUGUUGCAUGGAACUCACGCUUCUGGAAGAGAGUGCGAUACCUGAUGCCUGCCACACCUGCCAAAAAAUGUCUACAGUCUGCUGUUAUUUAAAACUCUUAUGGACUUGGUUUGGCCUUCCUGGAGUGAUUUUGAUGUCAGUUGUUAGAGACACUUUUUGUAAAUAUUAUAGGUUAUUGUGACUUAUUACUUCAUGUGUACGGUCACUCAGUCAUUUAUAUUUGGCUUAUCUUGCAGUUGCUUGUCUUUUGUGUUGACCCCAGGAAGACUAGCGACCAUUUUUGUGGAAGCUAAUGGAGAUCCAAAUAAAGAAUAAAAUAUAAAUUACUUACAGGGUAAAAUAGGAAGAAAACAGGAAGAAAGUAUAAAUUAAUCAUAACAUUAAUGUGUGACAUGAAAAAAGACAUGACAUGAAAUAUAACAUUAAAGGCUUCUUUAAACUAGGUACAAAUGGUCGCAUGGUCACACGGUCACAUAUCAUAUGACCAGCCAGCUCUGGUUUAUUUUGGUGUGUGUCCUCUCCAUAAAACAUCUGGCAAAAGUGGAGACAUUUGGAGUUUAUUUUAAAAUGUUAUCAUGUAGAUCUACAUAAUGCUUGCCAGCUUCUUUCUUUAUUAGUAUAAUUUAAGUUUAUUAAUUUGUAGUUCAUGUAUCUUAGAAAAUCUAACCACUAACUGUCAAUUACCUAUUGAUGAGUUGGAGAGCUGAUUUGUGUCUUAAGUCUUCUGGAUCAUAUAAGGCUUCGAUGAAGUGAAAAUGUUUUCAGAGUUGAUAACAUGUUCAACUGUGUAAGGGUUCUUUACUAUCAGUAGGUCAGCCUAGAUCCUAGGUUGCCCUGUAUAUAUAACAGAAAAGACAUUCAUGGAUGAACUUAUUUUGUGCCAACAUGACUCUCAUAUGUUAUACUGACUUAGCAACGUCUUUCUAACUUGGAUCACAGUCCAAAGCAACUCACUGAGGUCCAAAGUAAACCAAUUAUUAAUAUACACUGUGAAAUGUGUACUCUCAAGUAAUAAAUAAUAAAAAUAAAUAAAUCCAUAAACACUUUGUUUGCACUAAUUCCCUAGGAUGAAUUCUUGACUGUAACCAGACUCAAUCAGCCAACACUCUAGUCUCUUGUCUGUUACCAGAUUUCUAUUGUUUACAUCCUAAAUCAGGAAAACACACUGUUUGUCAUCAUCUUAUUGCAGUUACAAUAUGUAUUGUGGCAAUUGGCAUAUUCUGUCCAUUCUCGGCUGUAAUGUUAUUUCUUUUCAUUAACCACUACUGGCACCUAGUGGUAAAAUACGGUAUCGUCUUGCCUCUUAUCAACGUCAAUCAGGCAAGACGCAAACAUGAAUAACAUAAUUUAACCAAAACAAAAAUUAAUUAAAUAACAAUUAAUUAUCACUCCCUCCAUGAGACACCAGUUCUCACUCUCUUAAUUGCACUUCACCGUCAUCAAUCCACCAUCAAAAAUAUACAAAACAAACAUGCAUUCAUUUAACAUAGACACUUUAGAAACUAAGUAUAAAUGACAUGACAUGAUAUAUCCCUGCACAACAGGUAACAAAAAUGUGUUCCCACCUAGUGAACAACACAAAUAAAUAUUCAUGAAAAUAAAAUCACAAAAAUAAUAUAUGUGAACAAAACAUUAGAAUAAUUGGAAAUAAUAUUCAGGGUCACAGGGUGGAAAUAUCAGUCUUUUUCUCUUAUUAUUAUUAUGAUUAUUAUUGUUGUUGUUGUUUAAUAGAUUGCCAUAGGAAUA